AUGGCCACUCACGUGAGUCAAGUAUUUUACAUUGAUGACCCUGAACACGAUGGCUGGUCAAUUGUGCUUCCAAUGCCGAAUAAAGUCUAUGUUCAUAGUGAUGAGUUAGAAGAUGAUGUACUUGAACACCAAUCAUUUACCAAUGGACUACAACUGGUUGAAGAAUUUAAAUAUGAAUUGGGUGAGGGAGAAACGAAGUUUGCCUUAAUCAAUCUUUCUAUGGGUUCAACAAAGAAGAUUCCAGUGAAACCCUUAAAAGAGAAACCGAAGAACCACUCAAAUAUACCCCAAUCAAAUGAAGCUUCUUCAUUAGAAACAACUAUUACCACCAUGAGUGAACCUAAAAGAAAGCGUGGUCCAACAGAAAUGCAUAAAAUUCAAAAGAAAAAAAAGAAAGGGAAAAAGUUAGUAGUUGAGUUUAGCCCAAAAGGAGAACCAAUGGGGAAGGUGGGCAAACAAUAUGCAUCAUACACAGGUAUAAUGGCUCAAACCAUAAUCCCUAUUCAUAUAUGCAAUUGGGCAGCAGUGGAUGACCAUUUGAAGGAGAAAAUUUGGACAAAAAUAACGUCCGUCUUUGAAUUACUACCUGAAAGCAAACAACCUACAUUGCAAUCUGCUUCAACCAAAUGGAGGCAAUUCAAGAGUACAUUAACAAGGGAGUACGUACUUCCACAUAGAAAUGACCUAGAAGCCUUGAAGGAGCCUCUUGAAAUGUAUGACUUCAUUGAAUUAUCAGAUUGGCAAAGUUUUGUAAUCUCUAGAUUGAGUGAAAAUUGGCAGGUAGCAUGUGAAGAUAAGAACGGGAAGAUUCUUGAUGAGGAGGUAGCUGAAUUGGUUGGAACAAUUGAAAAAUUGUUGAAGGAGAAAGAAGAAGGCCUUAUAAUCGUAUCUCGUUAUAAUGAUGUCUUAGCUAUGGCUUUGGGGACCCCUGAACAUGGUGGAAGUGUGAGGGAUGUGGGAGGCUUUGUGAAGCCAAAUGCAUUCUUCAAGGUUCCUAGGAAAAAGAGGGAGUGUGUGUAA